AUGGAGGGACCAGAGGAGAACAGUACAAAAUCCCUAGCCCAGCCCAAUCUGAGAAGAGAGGAGCCUCAGGCUGUGUUAGAAGCCACAAUGUCACAGGCAGUUCAGACAAAUGAAGCACAACUAGUAGGGGAAACAUCAGAACAGGGUUUACAGGAAUUACAAGGAAGAUCUCAGAAGGAAACUACAAAUGAUUUGGAAAUUGUGGCUUCAAAUGGUGAUGAGUAUAAUAACUUUAGGUGUCCAAUUUGCCUGGAUACAUUAAAAAACACCAGGAUUACAAAAUCCUGUUUCCAUCGCUUUUGUAAAGAUUGCAUCAUCACAGCCCUUAGACGUGGCAACAAAGAAUGUCCUGUCUGCAGGAGAAAACUAAUUUCAAAAAGGUCAUUAGAUUCAGACCCUCAAUUUGAUGCACUCAUCAUGAAAAUGCAUUCAAGUUGUAAUGAAAAGGAUGCUUCUCAAGAGAAAACAUUAAGCAGGAAGAAGAAGUAUAAAACUCAGCAAGCACUCAGUGUCAACAUUGAAAAGGGAAAGGAGAUGGACACCAUCAACAGUGUCCAGCAAGGAGAGGAGAAACAGAUUGAAACUAGUACUGGAUGGAAAGGUAAUCAUGAUACUGCACCCUGCAAUAAUACAUCUACACAAAGCAGUGACGAAGCAGGUCCCAGUAACAAAAAGGCCAAAACAUCUGGGCUUGAACAUGAUAAUACGGAUGCAAUAGUGACCUAUGAUGCAGUGACCGAUGGGGCUAGUGAACUUGAAUCCAAUCUUCAUCCAACACUUACAGGAAAAGAUGACCCUGCACAGACAGGAUUAACAAAGACCUCAGGUAAUUCCACUACUUGUCAAGUUUAUAUCUGGCUUUGGGGUUAG